CCAAACCAUAGUCCAUAUAAAGUAAGGGACACCCUUAUAUUCAAUUUUCUAUAUACACAUAUAUACGCGUACAUAUAUAUAUAUAUAGAACUUAUAGGUUUGUGCAUUUUUUUUUUUUUUUUUUAAAGGUAGAUCACAUUUACAAUGAGCCCUGCACAAUUCCGUGCAAAGAGAUCUGACAAUAUCAACAAUGCAUUGUACGCAUCUCAUCUGAAGAUCAACAAGGAUUCACAUUGUAUCCAGAAACCCUCGCCGCCGCUGUCGUCGUCUUCCACCGCCGGUGUAAGGCCCCAACUGCGCCACCCGGUGAUCAUUUACACACAUUCUCCGAAAAUCAUCCACACCCAUCCUAGUAACUUCAUGUCAUUGGUGCAGAAGCUGACCGGACUAUCUCCCGCCAACAGUCCAAUUCAACCGAAAGCCGAACCCAAUAACCACACUUCUCCUCCCGAGGAGGAAAAGAAAAAUAAUUCCGUUAAGGACGUCACGACCGGGGACGAUAACGAGGAGUCGUCGGUGGUGACGGAGGAGAAUUGCAUAAGUGGAGGUGGUGAUAUUCAGGUGAAUUCGGGUUUGGUCCCACCUAUGUUUGAUCCUCCGAAUCCAUGCUUCAAUAAUAUCCCGCUUUUCACAUCCAACCAUACAGAUAUAUUAUGCUCUAAUCAACCAUUCUUUAAUUAUACAGAUUCAUUGUUUUUGAUGCCUAAUAUGAGAAGCUCUAUCUUGUCUUCCACAUUGGAAGCCAUGAAAGAGUUUCGAGAAUUUUAGAGUUCUAGUAAUUUAUUUGAAUUUUGGUAAGGAUAAUUUAUCAGUUUGAUACAAAUAAAACAUAUUUUAUUAUUAUUAUUAUUAUUCUAUAGUAAUACUAUAUUUUUAUACAGAUAUAUUAGUAAAUAAUAGUGAUUUUCUCUGCGAUUUCUCCAAACAUUUAUAUUUAGUUUCUAUCCAUAUUAAUUUUCUUAGUUACAUUCUUUAUUCAUAUAUUAUACUUAUCAUAAUAAUGUU